ACCAACUGAGCCACCCAGGCACUUCAAAAAACUAAAUAAAUAACUUAAAGAUCACCUGUUGAGUUCCUACCAUGUGCCAGACAUAGUGCUAAUUGUUUUAUGCACUUAUUUCAUUUUAUCUUCAUAACAACCCCAACAUGUAGGUAUUAAUAUCUGUUUUACAAAUGACAGAACUAAAAAUUAGAAAAAUUAAGUGAUUUAGCCAAAGUUCAUGCUGUUAUUAAUUGGUAGAUUUGAACUGGAACUUUCCAUUCCUGAAGCUCUUGCUUUUAACAGCUGUGCUGUGAUCGUUGAAAUCUAAGGUGAUGGCAAUGUGAACAGAGAGAAGUGAGUGGAUGUGAGAAAUAUUAUAUGGAGGUCGACUCAGUUAGACCUGGUGAUCAAUUAAUUGGGUGGUGGUGUUGAGGAAGAAAAGUCUAGGAUAAUUCUAGCCUUUUGGCUUAGGCACCUGGGUAGAUGUCAGUGCGACGGUGGUGAUAUUCACUGAAAUGAGGAACACAGAAAGAGAAGCAAGUUUGGGUGAGGUUUACAGAUGAUUAAAUCAUUUUUGGACAGAGUGAUUUUGAGGUACCUGUGAAACAUUUGAGUGGAGGUGUCCAGGAAGUAGCUGGGAUCAGGGACUAGAGAUCAGGACACAGAUCUGGGCUAGAGAGAUAAAUCUUCACAGCAACCUCAAAGAAAUGACACUGACACCAUGGUAAUAGAUGAGAUCAUCCAGAGACAGUGCGUACAGUGAAGAAAUAAACAGGUUGCAAUUAGAAUCCUGGGGAAUGUUGUCCUUAAAGGUGUGGAAGGAAGAAGAAACUGAAGGAAAUGAGGAGUGGACAGAGAAGUGAAAGCCAAGAAAUAAAAGCGUUACAAGAAGAAAAACAUCAGAAAUGUUAGUCAGUUAGCAUGUUCUCAAAGAGCAUAAUUCAGAAGAAAGGAAAAACCUCAUUUGUCUGAAUGAUGUUCAUCACAGCAUAAAGAUCUGGAAACAACCCAAAUACUCAACAAUGUGGAAUGCCUAUGUGAUAUGACACAGUCACUCAUGUACUAUUCUGUAGCUUUAAAAUGACCAUUAAAAAGACUGUUAUACUGAGGAAAGUGUUCAUGUUACAUGAACAGAAGAAAGAAUAAUAAAAAGCUUGAUGCGGGUUUCUCUUUCCGAUCCACCAUCUGCAGUGGAACCACCGCCAAGUUGCAGAUUUUCAUGAAAACCCAUAUGAGGAAGAUCAUCACUCUCGAGGUUGAACCCUUGGAUACAAUAGAAAAUGUAAAGGCCAAGAUUCAGGAUAAGAAAGGAACUCCUCCUGAUCAGCACAGACUGAUCUUCUCUUGCAAGCAACUGGAAGAUGGACAUACUUUAUCUGACUGUAGCAUUCAAAAGGAGUCCACUCUUCAUCUUCUGUUGCGACUUUGUGGUGGUGCUAAGAAAAGGAAGAAGAAGUCUUACACCACUCCCAAGAAGAAUAACCAUAAGAGAAAGAAGGUUCAGCUGUCUGUCUUGAAAUACCAUAAGGUGGAUGAGAAUGGCCAAAUCAAUCACCUUCAUCUGGAGUGCCUUUCAGAUGAAUGUGGUGCUGGAGUUUUUAUUACUAGCCACUUUGGCAUUAUUUUGGUAAGUGUUUUCUGACCUGUUGCUUCAAUAAUCUGGAAGACAAGGAAUUCUAUAUGGGUUAAUAAAAGACAUGAAAUAACAAGAACAACAAAAAAGCUUGAUGCACACCUUGAUUUUAACUGGACCCUGAAAAUCCAGUUCCUUGACGGUAGUAAUCUUAUCUUAUUCAUCUCUAAACCCCAAGCCUAGGAUAAUGUCCAGUACAUGAUUGGUUCUCAGUAAAUGUUUGCUGAAUGAAUGAACUACUUAAAAACUAUUUUUUUAUAUGUGGUCAAGGAUUGGAAGGAGAAAAAAUACAGUUACCUGAUGUGUUAAGACAGUGGGAUUGUGGGUGAUUUUCUUUAUAUUAUGUUUAUACCAUUAGUGGAAAUCAGGAGGGAAAAAUAUUCAGAUAUUUGGGAGCUAUUUGGUAGUUUUACAAAAUGGUUUUCUUUGCACAGAUGAUUAUUUUAAUUUCAUAACUCUGUGAAAUAGGAUGGUUGGGCCCUUAAUGUUCUUCUGAAAAGAAAAUGGGAGUAUAGAGAUAUUGAAUUCCCUUUUGUUGUUCUAGAGUCAGCUGGUAAUAAGAUUCACAUUAAAAGCUAUGGUUUUUUAGUUUAUAAUUCAUUGUUUCAUCUCCUUAGCUAGUUUACUUUCUCCAUUUUGGAAACAGUGCAAAAGGAGAGUUCAGUAUCAGCAUGGCAAGUUCAGAUAUAUGUGUUAUUUUACAUAGAAUUGCUGUUCUUUGUGGUUGUCUUCUUU